AUGCCACCUAGGAGAGGGACCCAAGCGCACCCCGCUCCACCACCUGAGGCUCCAGCUUUACCGCUAGCACCUCCUGUUCUACCGUCAGAGAUCCCUUCUCCCCUGCCUGAGGAUGUCGUUCCUCCACCUGAGGCCGGUGCGGAUCUGACUGUGCCUUUGGGAAUCCUGUACAAUUCGGAUCAUAAAAAGUGGCUGAAAAAACUUGUUGAAUCUAUGAAUGAGGACGAUGGAAAUGUAUCCCCACCAUCUGAUUCAACGGAAGUAAAUGACCAUCUUUUGGACACCUCCAUCUCGGAGUCUGCCCAAAGUUCUCCUGUGGUUGAAGCCAUAAAAAAAGAACCAAAUGAUGAUUCUGGCGAUGAAGGUGGAGGUGGUGGAGUGGGUAACUAUUAUGGACAAGUGGCUGCCAAAUUGGAGGAAGCUUCAAUAUCUCCUGCAACAACACUUUCACCUCCCAAACCAUUCACGGGCGAGCUUGAGGUUCUCGACAUAUUGCUAGCAUUGGGCUUAAUGAGAAUUUCAAACAAUAUAAGCUUCCAAUGCUACAACAAGACAGGAGAAUUAGGAUCCUACUCCCAAAAUUGGGUGAAAUUGGGAAGCAACUCCUUCACCUUCUCAGAAACCCAUAACAAAUUCAUGGCCAUCGGUUGUGAUACUCUCGGCUUCAUCUACGGCCCCAAUUUCACAAGUGGUUGUAUGUCAUUUUGUAGUGACCCCAAGAGCGUGAUCCAUGGCUCUUGCUCCGGUAUAGGAUGUUGCCAAACCUCUAUCCCAAAGGGUUUGAAGAGUUUUGAGCUGGAUCUUUCUAGCCGGUCUCAACAUACCAAAGUCUGGAAUUUCAAUCCCUGCGACUUCGCUUUUCUGGUGGAGCAAAAUGCGUUCAGCUUCCAAGCAUCGUAUCUGAACGAUGUAAAUUUUUUGAAUGGAAGCACAACCGUUCCGGUGGUGCUUGACUGGGCUAUCGGAGAUAAAUCAUGUGAGAUUGCACAAAAUGACUCGGUCACCUACGCUUGCAUGAGUGAGAAUAGCCACUGCUACAACUCGACUAACGGCCUCGGUUACCGGUGCAACUGCACUGAAGGUUACCAAGGAAAUCCUUAUCUCCCUGGAGGGUGCCUAGAUAUCAACGAGUGUGAGGAGGAUCACCAGAAGACACUUUGUCAACAUGAUUGCAUAAAUCUGCCAGGAAAUUAUGCUUGUUCCUGUCGAAAGGGUUACCAUGGACUCCACGAUGGUAGGAGAGAAUGCAUUAAAGACACAAAUGAAUUUACAGUGAUGGCUGUUGUUCUGGAUUUCUAUUUGAUUUCUGAGGAUAAAACAUCGUAUAUUUGCUAA